AUGUCCCACGGUCAUCCAGGGGCGUCUUUCGGCGGGCAGCCCGUAUCCUCCCGCAUGGGCAACGGUCUCGCGUUCAGUCAACCGGCCGGGUUUCUUCGAUCUCAACCCACUCACGGCCCGGGACCGAUGAACAACGGAGCUGGGGGCUUUGCUCGCCACAAUCGAUACCACCGAAACAAUCAGAACAGCCAGUACGACAAUCGAAACGACAACCGAAAUCGCAAGAACAACAAAUCGAAUCAGAACGGCGUCCUUAGCGGUAUCCGGACGGGAACGGUGGGCCUCGGCUUCAGCAACCGGCGAGACAACGAUCAAAGUCACCUGCAGGUGCCUCGCUGGAAGCAAAAUCAAGCCCAAAAUCAAAAUCCACGGAACCCGCAACAGCAACAAGAUCCACAGGGGAACCAUCAAGCCCCGAAUCAAGGCCGCAAACGUCGUGGAGGGCGCAACCGCCGGAACCGCAAGAACGUAAGUAUCAUUGCCCUCGUGGAUGACCUUGGUGUUGACCAUAUCUGCCAGUCACCACAAACCUCGGGGUUCAACCACCAACAAGCAAUCAACCCAUUUGACCCGACUCAACUUGAAAAUUCAAACGUGGACGAACUUCCAAAGAACGAUAUCGACAUGCUCGACGCACCAGCAUUCAUCGAACCUGUAAGCGAGACUCCCCUUUCCAUCUUGUGUGAUUCAUUUCAUCUGAAGACCAGCUUUACUAACCCUCUGAUACAGGAUCCAGACGUGGAUAUGCCAGACGCUUGGCCAGCCGAGGCACGUCCACUUGUCGUCAAUCUCACACUAUACAUCGGAGAAGAGAAGAAGGAGCUUUGUUUCAAUGACAUGAGAGCAGAGAUUGAGAGAGCAUUGACCUGUAUGUAA